GAGAGAUAAAGAGUGAAUGAGGUGUGGUGAACCAAGCAGAAGUUCUACAUUGUCUGAGUCUGCUACACAGCAAAAUUAUCCCACCAAAACACUAAAAGUCACUGGAUUACGCUUUUCAGUUCCCGCCUCUCUUGUUUAUCUUGCGUUGUCCGUGAAUGAGUCUACGCUGGAUGCCUGCACUCUCUGUUUCCUAUCAGCAUGGCGCGAGAGCAGAUGGAAGGCUGAGGAGCGGCUGAAAGAAGGAGGGGAUAAUAAGAGACAAAGAGGAAGAGACUUUAGCUGACUUUUGUAGUCUCUGGUUGGAAAAAGGAGUGUCUGGAUUACCCACUAGACCUACACACUGCUGUGUCACCGAGGGACGCUUACGAGAACGAUGAGCAAUCUGUGAGAAGGAAAUAAAGAAGCCAUGUCCUUCUUUGGCCUAGACUGGACGCGGAGGAAAGAGAAAGAGGUGGAGAGGAAAAUCAGAGCAAACGACAGAGAAUAUAAUUCAUCUUUCAAGUAUGCUACGAAUGCCAUCCAGACCUCCAAAUACAACCUUAUCACCUUUCUUCCUCUCAACCUGUUUGAGCAGUUCCAGAGGAUCGCCAAUGCUUACUUCUUCUUCCUGCUCAUCCUACAGGUUAUUCCUGCUAUAUCUUCUCUGUCUUGGUUCACCACUGUUGUACCUCUGGUGUUAGUAUUGUGGAUGACUGCAGCCAAAGAUGCCAUUGAUGAUAUUAAUCGGCACAGAAGUGACAGGCAGGUGAAUAACCGAAAGGUGAAUGUGCUUAUCAAUGGAAAGCUGAUAAGCGAGAAGUGGAUGAAUGUGCAAGUGGGUGACAUCAUCAAGUUAGAAAACAACCAAUUUGUCACAGCUGAUCUACUUCUGUUGUCCAGCAGUGAACCUCUCAACUUGGUGUACAUUGAGACUGCAGAGCUGGAUGGUGAAACCAAUCUGAAGGUGAAACAGUCUCUGACUGUGACAGGAGACAUGGGUGAUAAUCUGGAGGCUUUGGCUGCAUUCAACGACGAGGUGUGCUGUGAACCUCCUAACAACCGUCUGGAUCGCUUUACAGGCACACUGACAUGUGGCACACAGAAACACUCUUUAGACAAUGAACGGAUUCUGUUGAGGGGCUGUACCAUCAGAAACACAGACUGGUGCUUUGGUCUGGUGCUGUUUGCAGGUCCAGAGACCAAGCUGAUGCAAAACUGUGGGAAAAGCACGUUUAAAAGAACCAGUAUUGACCGACUCAUGAAUGUGCUGGUUCUCUUUAUUUUUGGACUUCUGGCUCUGAUGUGCAUCAUUCUGGCUGCGGGUAACGCCAUCUGGGAAUACAAAGAGGGGUCAAAGUUCACCGUCUUUCUUCCAAGGGAUCAAAACACAGCGUUUUCCGCCUUCCUCACAUUCUGGUCUUACAUUAUAAUCCUCAACACUGUGGUGCCCAUCUCGCUUUAUGUCAGUAUGGAGGUGAUUCGUUUAGGAAACAGUUACUACAUCAACUGGGACAGAAACAUGUAUCACGCUCGAUCGGACACACCAGCUGAAGCUCGAACAACAACCCUAAACGAAGAGCUCGGUCAGAUCAAAUAUAUCUUCUCAGACAAGACCGGCACCCUCACGCAGAACAUCAUGACCUUCAACAAAUGCUCCAUCAAUGGGCAAAGUUACGGAGAUGUGAUCGAUCCCUACAGUGGACAGAGGCUGGAGAUCACAGAGGAAAUGACACCGGUGGAUUUCUCCUUCAACCGGCUGGCGGACUCAAAGUUCCUCUUUUAUGAUCACAGUCUGGUGGAGGCAGUGAAGUUGGAGUCUCCAGAGGUUCACGCUUUCUUCAGAUCGCUCGCUCUUUGUCACACUGUCAUGGCUGAGGAGAAAAAGGAGGGUGAUCUGGUGUACCAGGCUCAGUCUCCUGAUGAGGGCGCUCUGGUCACAGCCACACGUUGUUUUGGAUUUGUGUUUCGCUCACGGAGCCCUGAGAUGGUGACAAUAGAAGAGAUGGGGAUUCAGAGGAGCUAUGAGUUGCUGGCUGUCCUGGACUUCAACAACGUGCGCAAGAGGAUGUCUGUGAUAGUUCGUAAUCCCGAGGGCAAGCUAACUCUGUACUGUAAAGGAGCGGACACCAUCAUAUAUGAGAGACUGGAUCCUUCCUGCAGUAAGCUGAUGGAGGCCACCACAGAGCACCUUAAUGAGUUUGCUGGGGAGGGGUUGAGAACUCUUGUUCUUGCUUAUAAGGAUCUGGAUGAAGAAUAUUUUUCUGAGUGGAAGCAGCACCACCAUGAGGCCAGUGUAGCGCUAGAGGACAGGGAAGACAAACUUGACAAACUAUACGAAGAGAUAGAGAAAGACAUGCUGUUAAUAGGGGCCACUGCAGUAGAAGAUAAACUCCAGGAUGGUGUUGCUCAGACUAUUGAACAGCUGGCCAAAGCAGAAAUCAAGAUCUGGGUGCUUACUGGGGACAAACAAGAGACAGCGGAGAACAUUGGCUAUUCCUGUAAUCUACUACGGGAGGAAAUGAAUGAGGUGUUUAUCAUUGCUGCUAACUCACCGAAGGAGGUCAGACAGGAGCUGAGGGACGCCCGUCUAAAGAUGAGCCCCACUACGGAACAAGACAAAUUCCUCAUUCCCGAAAUUAUACUGGGUAACACACCUAAAGUAGUGGAGGAUGAACAUGCGAAUGGAGAUUAUGGAUUGGUGAUAAAUGGACACAGCCUGGCGUUUGCUCUGGAGAGCAGCAUGGAGCUGGAGUUUUUACGGACAGCGAGCAUGUGUAAGAGUGUUAUCUGCUGUCGGGUGACUCCUCUGCAGAAAGCUCAGGUUGUGGAGCUGGUUAAGAAAUAUAAGAAAGCCGUCACUCUAGCUAUAGGAGAUGGAGCCAAUGACGUUAGCAUGAUUAAAGCGGCUCACAUCGGUGUGGGCAUCAGCGGUCAGGAGGGGAUGCAGGCCGUGCUGUCUAGUGAUUUCUCCUUCGCUCAGUUUCGUUUCCUGCAGCGCCUCCUGCUGGUACAUGGCCGCUGGUCAUACCUGCGCAUGUGCAAGUUUCUGCGCUACUUCUUCUAUAAGAACUUCACUUUUACGUUUGUGCACUUCUGGUACGCAUUUUUUUGCGGCUUCUCUGCCCAGACAGUAUAUGAUGAAGGCUUCAUCACUCUAUAUAAUUUGGUUUACACCGCCCUGCCUGUUCUGGGAUUGAGUCUGUUUGACCAGGACGUGAAUGCAGGCUGGAGUCUUGAGUUUCCUCAGCUUUAUGUACCGGGACAGUUGAGUAUGUACUUCAGUAAGCGUGCUUUCAUGAUGUGUGUACUUCACAGCUGUUACAGCUCUUUGGUGCUAUUCUUCGUGCCUUACGCCGCCAUCUAUGACACGGCGAGAAGUGACGGAAGAGAUGGUGUAGAUUAUCAGUCAUUCGCACUGAUAACUCAGACCUGCCUCACUGUUACUGUCUGUGUGCAGCUGAGCUUGGACCUUUCAUACUGGACUGUGGUGAAUCAUCUUUUUGUUUGGGGUAGUUUGGGAAUGUUUUUCAUUUUGACCUUCACUAUGUAUACAGACGGGCUUUUCCGGUUACAUCCGCCGUCUUUUGCGUUCAUAGGAACUGCCCGCAAUUGUCUGAACCAGUCCAGUGUGUGGCUGACUGUUGCAUUGACGGCAGUACUUUGUGUUCUGCCUGUGCUUGCGUACCGCUAUCUUUGCUCUCAGAUCUCUCCAACCAUCAAUGACAAGGUGAGGUAUAAAGUCCAUCAAACGAAGGAACCUGCUCCCCGUCCACGCCGCACUAAGCUCGUCCGCAGGAGCACGCGUCGGUCUGGUUAUGCCUUCUCUCAUGCUCAAGGUUACGGUGACCUUGUGACCUCUCGCAGGUUUCUGCGCCGGCCCCCACCUGCACGUUCCACAGGAUUCACUCCCACAGGACGAUCUCCCGGAUUCAAGCCCACAGGUCGUUCUGCAGGUUACAGUCCAGCUGGGCGAGAACAGAACCCAAAACAAAAAGUAGAACCCACAUCACUGCAGAUGUUCCGUGCGGUUAAAGACUCUUCAUUUUGAUGCUGGAAUGCAGGGAACUUUUGAAAGUUAAGACCACCACCUUAUACGUUGUUUACAUGGUUUGAACACCUGGGAACAAUUUCAAAGCUGUCAUGUUAAUAUGUAUAGAAAAGUAUACAAACACACUAAGAACGAUGGAUUUUAUUUUCAAAUGUAGGAGAGGUUAUUUGGGACUCACACAGCCACUUCUGUCUGUUAGUCCUUAUUAGAAAUUGAAGUGGUGUUAUCAUUGACCGUGAGAAUUGAAUCUCUGCUGUUCUCAUGACCGUGAGAGCGGCAAACACACUGGACUGAAGGAGAAAAACAAAAAGAACGGCACAAUUAUGUCAUAGAGGGGAAGGUAAAACGGCAAAAGGUGUUCUAUUGAUUGUUCGGUUAGAAAACAUUUUUCUCUUCCUGUUCCAGGCACUAUUUUCAUAUACUCUCUAACAAAAGUCUUGAUUUUUAAAUCCCACAUAUUUCGGUCAUUUUAAAAUUUCAGGCUUCUUAUCAUUUUUUUACCAUUACAUUUUCCCCAGAGCUUUAAUUUUAAUCAAGUGUUCUUGCACCAUUAUUUAGUUUUCCAUGACCUUUGCCCACCCUCUCUCUGACCAUUAAAAUUUAACAGACAUCUUUACAAAAGCCCUUAAUUCUCAACUUACAAGUUACUAUUCAGCCUUCAGAAGAUGACCUUUUAGAGCUUUGAGUAAAUGUUUGUUUUUUUACUGGAAAUAUUUUUUUUAAGUUUAAACAGUAUGGUUACUUAUUAGAUCCACCCCCUUUAUUGAAAAAAUGGAAAUUGGAAGAAUAUUUUUAUGACAUAACCUUAUGACCAUCACCAUGACAUACUGUUAAUGACCGACUUAAGUACAGAAUAUUAAAUACCUAUAUAGGUGCCUUGAAUGUGGCUGAGAAAUAAAUGUUAUUACCAAGCAUUGUAUUUUAGUUAGUUUUAUAUGGUUUGGGGAUAAAUAUUGUAAUUAUUUGUUAUGCGAGUAUGUUUUCAAUGCAAUACAAGUUUUCUCGUUAUAAUGAUAUUUGAUAAUUGCCUAUAUGGUACAAUUUUGCAAACCAAAGACCAUUUUGUACAAAUAAAAUAAUUUUUUACUGUUAUAAAGUAUAGACUGGGUCUGUUUAGUUAUACACAACUGUAAAUCCUUUGGUUGUUUUGCUUAUUCUUAUUAUUUGCACAUAUGUUACUACACACAUUUAUUCUAAAAACAAGAUCACUUUUUUUGCUAAAGCUGGAAGGUAGAUUGAUAAUAGACUCAAAGUAAAGUGGUCAAAAUAUGUGGCAUACAUACAGCAUUAUUGUAUCAUAUCAAACCAGGUGAAAUUUAUUUAAAACAACCCUUUUUACAUAAGUAUAGGAAAUAUGAAAAUAAGUAUUUUUUUUCCGUAUUGUUUUGCUUAUUUACAAAACGUAUAUUUUGCAAAGUAAAAAUAGCACUUUGUUUGCAUGCUCAAUACAUUGAAAAUUAAUAUAAUCUUGAAAUUUAAUGUCACCGCCUAUAAUGCUGAUAUGUAUAGAACGAAAGGAGACAUAGAUCUUAAUUUUCCAGAUUUUUAUUUGGCAGGGCAGUACUACAUUUACGCACUAAAAUAAAAUAUUUUGGAAAUAUUAUUAAUGAUUAAAUGAGUGAUGAUGAGGAUACAGUAUGUACAGGCCUACUAUAUGCCCAAGCCAAUAUGUUAGUAAGAACAUUUUUCAUGUGUUCAGAUCAGGUUAAGAAAUACCUUUUUACUACAUUUUGUACCCUUAUGUACGCUUCAAACUGCCUACAAUGAUUGUAUGAGAAUUAUUUUGAAAAAAACGAGGUGGAGCAGUGUAAGUAAUUCGUUUUGUAUGUCAAGAGUAAGAACUUUUAUGGCGUUAAUGAUACAUUUUAUUUAUACAUUUAUUUGUCGGCUGGAUGAUUCACAGAAUGCUAUUAUUAUGUUGUUGUCAAAUCACCAAUCAACCAGUCAUCUAUGACAAAAUACUGGUAUAAUUGUCUUUUUUAAAUGUUGUGUAGUAUAUGUGUUGUAUUUUUUUUUCCAAUGGACCUUGAGUCUGGAAAUAAAAUUUGAAUUGAAUAAUUGUGGUAAAUUAGUUCACUUGUGGUUUCUCUGCUAGUGAUAUGGUGACUGAGUAUAUACUUAAAUAAAAAUGAGGCUGUAGUGUAUAUAAAGUUACAUGUAAGUUCUGAGAUAAUGUACGGAAUUGGUUGAUUUGUUAAAAUCUUGUCAAACAUAAAAAUGCCUAAAUACUUUUUGCGCCACUGCAUUCCCUAUCAAAAGCUGUACGUGUGAAUUUAGGUGCCAAUAUUCUCGAGUAGACAACAAACAGUCCCCGAAAAGGCAGCCAUUCUCAGAGGGAACAAUGCAGAAGUGC